AUGGCGGCCACUCCCAUCCCUCUGCUCCUCCUCCUCGCGGCCACACUCGCCGCGGCCGCCGACCUCUCCGUCUACCACAAUGUGCACCCUCCGUCCACCUCCCCGCUCGAGUCCAUCAUCGCGCUAGCCCGCGACGACAACGCGCGCCUCCUCUUCCUCUCCUCCAAGGCCGCCUCCACCGGCGUCACCUCCGCUCCCGUCGCCUCCGGCCAGACCCCGCCCUCCUACGUCGUGCGCGCCGGCCUCGGUUCCCCGGCGCAGCCCAUCCUCCUGGCCCUCGACACCAGCGCCGACGCCACCUGGGCGCACUGCUCCCCGUGCGGCACCUGCCCGACCAGCAGCCUCUUCGUCCCGGCCAACUCCACCUCCUACGCGCCCCUCCCCUGCUCCUCCACCAUGUGCUCCGUCCUCCAGGGCCAGCCCUGCCCGUCCCAGGACCCCUACGACAGCGCCACGCCGCUGCCGUCCUGCGCCUUCUCCAAGCCCUUCGCCGACGCCUCCUUCGACGCGUCGCUGGCCAGCGACUGGCUGCGCCUGGGCAAGGACGCCAUCCCCAACUACGCCUUCGGCUGCGUCGGCUCGGUGACCGGGCCGACGUCCAACCUGCCGAGGCAGGGGCUGCUGGGUCUCGGCCGGGGCCCCAUGGCCCUGCUAUCCCAGGUCGGGAACAUGUACAGCGGCGUCUUCUCCUACUGCCUGCCCAGCUACAAGUCCUACUACUUCUCCGGCUCGCUCCGCCUGGGCGCCGCCGGCCAGCCCACGCGCGCGAGGUACACGCCGAUGCUGAAGAACCCGCACCGCUCGUCCCUCUACUACGUGAACGUGACCGGGCUCAGCGUGGGCCGGUCGCCCGUGAAGGUCCCCGCGGGGUCGUUCGCGUUCGACCCCAGCACCGGCGCCGGCACGGUGAUCGACUCGGGCACGGUGAUCACGCGGUGGACGGCGCCCGUGUACGCGGCGCUGCGGGAGGAGUUCCGCCGCCACGUGGCGGCGCCGAGCGGGUACACGUCGCUGGGCGCCUUCGACACGUGCUUCAACACCGACGAGGUAGCGGCCGGGGGCGCGCCGGCCGUGACCAUCCACAUGGACGGCGGCGUCGACCUGGCGCUACCGAUGGAGAACACGCUCAUCCACAGCAGCGCCACGCCGCUCGCGUGCCUGGCCAUGGCCGAGGCGCCGCAGAACGUGAACGCCGUCGUCAACGUCAUCGCCAACCUGCAGCAGCAGAACGUGAGGGUCGUCUUCGACGCCGCCAACUCCCGGGUGGGAUUCGCGCGCGAGUCCUGCAACUGA